CCCCCCCCUUCAGUACCAGGGGGGUCCAUUAAAAUCUUUUUUUAUGCUUUAAUCAUAGAUAAAAAUAGGUGAGGACCACGUAGAAUAAAAUCCAUCAUUGUUGAUUUUAUCUCCGGCAGCUUUGGCUGUUUUCCACACCUGCUGCGCUGCACUCACAGCUUGUUCCUGUCUAAUAUCAUCAAUAGAGUCAUUUUGUGAAUCUAUGAUGGACUAUUUUAGCGAAUUCAAUGACGCCUUUGAACUGAUCUGCCAGACCUGAGGCUAUAUCGCUGCAGACCACAGAGUGGUGCAGUGGUGUACAAGUGGCCGAGAGGCUCACACGCGUUUGGGCAUCCCUGAUAUAAAGAUAUCUACGCAGCACUAGGAGAGCAUACAUUUUAAUCUCCUGCACUGCUACACACUCACAGUGCACAAAAAAUGUAUUUAAGGGCUAAAAAAGUGGAUUUUGCAUGAUAUGUCUCCUUUGAGGUACCAAGGUGCUAGGCUCCAUUAGUCACACAUGAGGUCCAGGUUAGAGUAAAAUCAAAUAAAGGCAAUGGACACUCUUAAAUUGGAACAGCCCAAGUCUAGUGCAAACUGAAGGUGUGUGCUCGCUUGAGAACUGCAUCUGAAAGUGGGAUCUCUUAAGUUCUGUUUCCAAAAACCUAAUGAUUGAGAGCUUAUGAAUCUAAUAGAUCAGUUUUGGAAAUUCGGUGCUUGAUGACUGCUUGCUAGUGCUAAUGGCUGCACCCGCUUGCAAACUAGUGACGGCUAUCCAUUCAGAUUGCUAACUGCUAAAAUUCUCAGCCUGGCACAACACUGGGCAAUCAACCUCUAGCUAGAACCCUGUUCACAUUACAGUCUCCUUCACUAACAUUUUUCCUUUGCUUUUCCUCACUUCCAGUUUGAAGUACUCUACUCAGUGGCAUAAUGUGGUCAAACUUAUAUCAAAUAUAUUGAUAUUUCUUAAAAACUCGAUAUAUCGCCUAGCCCUAUUUUGAAGCAAAUAUCUGCUGUGAGGGUUUGAUUUCUUUGUUGUUCUGAUACUAAACUGAAUAUUUUCAGACUGAUGAUGCUGCAUUAAGCUGCUGGAGUUUCUAACUGAUAUUUAUGGAAAAGCAAUCUAUCUAGAAGUUAACCGGUAGACUGUUUGAUAAUGAAAGUAAUUUUAGUAGCAGUUCUGGUUAGCUGUCCACAUUGAUCCUGAGCUUAGAGAGAAUGUUACUGGAUGGAAGAUGCUUCUUAUUAACAGCAAAUCAAUGUGUGUGCAGUCUAAACUAAGCAGGAAUAAUUAUUGUGAAGUUUUGAACUGUGCUGAUCCUUGUUGAAUCAUGGAUCAGCAGAAAGGUUUAAAAAUAUUGUUCAGAUGUGUUAAAUUGGCUGAACAUUAAUGGACUAAUGCUUCCAGUCAGAAGCCAUGUUUCCAUACGGAACUACUCAGAGGGGAUCAACUUGACUCUGCGCAGUUUGAAGGUGUUUCAAUUAGUACCUGGUACCAGGUAGCAGGUACUUUUUUUUAGUACUCACUCAGCCGGGGUUCCAAGUGAUCCAAGGCGAUCUGAAAAUGUGAUGCAGAAGAACAGCAUGCCACUGAUUGGCCAGGGAGUGCCGUCACUGGCGGAGUCAUGAGAGCGACUCCUUCACCACAAUCAAGCGCGCCAUUUUUAAAACACCACAGCAAGAAAGUGGAGGCACAAAGCACCGGUUGAAUCCCCAGACCGACAGUUUGCAGCACUGGUUUUGCAACUUGAGAGCCAUCUGAAACACACACACACAGCAUACAUAUUAUAACCCUAUACUGCCGGGAGAUCACUGCUGAAGCACCUGAAAGAGAAACUGCACUUCACAACCAACAUAGGGUAUUACUAUGGGGUUAUUACAGUAAUUGUUGCUGUAAGUCCGCUAACGGCGGCACUUUUGAAGUACACUGAGUCAAUUAUGACAUGUUUGGGGGUUUAGGGUUAUACUUGAUGAUAACCUUCAUCCAUUAAAACAUUGUACGGGGACUUAUGCAUGAUGAUGAUGAUAUUAAACUGGCAUUAGCUGUGAGCUUGCCUCUAUCUCAUCUGUUGUUAUGAGUUGCUUCCAAAUUAUGUCAAGACACUACUGCCUGCGUUGCUAUAUCGACUAGGGAUGGCACGAUACCACUUUGUCCUAUACCGAUAUUUUAUAUUUGGAUAUCUGCUGAUACAGAUACAAAUCAAAUCUUUUUUUUUUUUUUUUUUUUGGUUUGGUCAACCGCAGACCCACAAGAAGAAGACGGAGAACUGUAAUGCAGCUAAUGUCAGUGAAACGCUAUUUAAUGGAUCGGAUUGUGUUUUUUUUAUUUCCAAUCAGUGAAUGCCUCAUGUGUGCUGGGCUGCACCUUCAUGGCUCCAUCUAGUGGACUGAUAGAAGUAGAGCAGCUGAUGGCAGCUUCCUCUGCCUCACUGCAGUCUGACUGCAUUCAGCUGACACUGAGAUGAAGCAGGAAAGAAGCAGCUGAUAUCUGGACACCUACAUGAUGAAAGGAGGAUUUCAGUUGAUGUGAGCAUGAAUGAUGUGUGUUUCCUCUGCAGGUGAAGGUAGAAAGUGUGUGUGAGCUGGUGUGAAUUCAGCAGCAUGGAUCAGUGUGAGGACAGAGAGGAGGGAGUCCCUCCCUCUAAAACCACUCUGUGUGGGGAACAUGAGAGCCAGACCAAAGCUCAGAGGAACCCACCUGGACCUGGACCUGAACCCAGCUGUGUGUCCUUAAAGAGUGACUGGUCCCAUUAUCGCCCCGUGAAUUUUAAAGGCCAGCAGCCCUCUGCUGCAGAGAGGUUCUAUGAAAGACCUUCUGAAACUGAACCCAGCUGUGUGUCCUUAGAGAGCGGCUGGUCCCAUGAUCGCCCCGUGAACUUUAAAGAACAGCAGCCCUCUGCUGCAGAGAGAGUGCACCAGCAAAGCUCAGAGGUUCCCAGUGGUCAGUCUACCCACACACAGCUGGACUCUAUAUUUAUGCUGCUGGAGGACAACAUCAUCACUUUUGUGAAGAACGAGCUGAAGAAGAUCCAGAAGAUCCUGAGUCCAGAUUACCCAGAAUGCUUAGAGAGUGAGGAUGAAGAGCAGGGGAAGAGCAGCAGAGAGGCAUUUGUGAAGAUCACACUUAAUUUUUUGAGGAGCAUGAAGCAGGAGGGGCUGGCUGACCAUCUGCAGAGCAGAACUCCCAUUGGAGCUUGUCAAUGUCAUCUAAAGUCUACUCUGAAGAAGAAGUUCCAGUGUGUGUUUGAGGGCAUCGCUAAAGCAGGAAACCCAACCCUCCUGAAUCAGAUCUACACAGAGCUCUACAUCACAGAGGGAGGGGCUGCAGAGGUCAAUGAGGAACAUGAGGUCAGACAGAUUGAAACAGCAUCCAGGAAACCAGACAGACCAGAAACAACAAUCAGACAAGAAGACAUCUUUAAAGGCUCACCUGGAAGAGAUGAACCAAUCAGAACAGUGCUGACAAAGGGAGUGGCUGGCAUUGGGAAAACAGUCCUAACACAGAAGUUCACUCUGGACUGGGCUGAAGACAAAGCCAACCAGGACAUCCAGUUCAUGUUUCCAUUGACUUUCAGAGAGCUGAAUGUGCUGAAAGAGGAAAAGUUCAGCUUGGUGGAACUUGUUCAUCACUUCUUCACUGAAACCAAAGAAGUAGGAAUCUGCAGCUUUGAACACUUCCAGGUUGUGUUCAUCUUUGAUGGUCUGGAUGAGUGUCGACUUCCUCUGGACUUCCACAACACUACAAUCCUGACUGACCCUAGAAAGUCCACCUCAGUGGAUGUGCUGCUGACAAACCUCAUCAGGGGGAACCUGCUUCCUUCUGCUUGCCUCUGGAUAACCACACGACCUGCAGCAGCCAAUCAGAUCCCUCCUGGGUUUGUUGACAUGGUGACAGAGAUCAGAGGGUUCACUGACCCACAGAAGGAGGAGUACUUCAGGAAGAGAUUCAGAGAUGAGGAACAGGCCAGCAGGAUCAUCUCCCACAUCAAGACAUCACGAAGCCUCCACAUCAUGUGCCACAUCCCAGUCUUCUGCUGGAUCACUGCUACAGUUCUGGAGGAUGUGCUGAAGACCAGAGAGGGAGGAGAGCUGCCCAAGACCCUGACUGAGAUGUACAUUCACUUCCUGGUGGUUCAGGCCAAAGUGAAGAAGGUCAAGUAUGAUGGAGGAGCUGAGACAGAUCCACACUGGAGUCCAGAGAGCAGGAAGAUGAUUGAGUCUCUGGGAAAACUGGCUUUGGAUCAGCUGCAGAAAGGAAACCUGAUCUUCUAUGAAUCAGACCUGACAGAGUGUGGCAUCGAUAUCAGAGCAGCCUCAGUGUACUCAGGUGUGUUCACACAGAUCUUUAAAGAGGAGAGAGGGCUGUACGAGGACAAGGUGUUCUGCUUCAUCCAUCUGAGUGUUCAGGAGUUUCUGGCUGCUCUUCAUGUCCAUCUGACCUUCAUCAACUCUGGACUCAAUCUGCUGGAAGAACAACAAACAACCUCCCAGACAGAGAAACAACUCUACCAGAGUGCUGUGAACAAGGCCUUACAGAGUCCAAAUGGACACCUGGACUUGUUCCUCCGCUUCCUCCUGGGUCUUUCACUGCAGACCAAUCAGAGUCUCCUACAAGGACUUCUGACAGUAGCUCAUAGUAGCUCACAGACCAAUCAGGAAACAGUGUCACAUAUUGAGAGGAAAAUCAAUGAGAAUCUGUCUGCAGAGAAAAGCAUCAACCUGUUCCACUGUCUGAAUGAACUGAAUGAUGGUUCUCUAGUGGAGAAAAUUCAACAGUCCCUGAGAUCAGGAAGUCUCUCCACAGAUAAACUGUCUCCUGCUCAGUGGUCAGCUCUGGUCUUCAUCUUACUGUCAUCAGAAAAAGAUCUGGAUGUGUUUGACCUGAAGAAAUACUCUGCUUCAGAGGAGGCUCUGCUGAGGCUGCUGCCAGUGGUCAAAGCCUCCAACAAAGCUCUAUUAUGUGGCUGUAAACUAUCAGAAAAAAGCUGUGAAGCUCUGUCCUCAGUUCUCAGAUAUGAGUCCUCUAGUCUGAGAGUUCUGGACCUGAGUAACAACAACCUGCAGGAUUCGGGACUGAAGCUUCUGUCUGCUGGUUUGCAGAAUCCACACUGUAAAGUUGAAACUCUCAGAGUAAGUGGCUGUAAUCUGUCAGAGAGAAGCUGUGAAGCACUGUCAUCAAUUUUUAGCUCCCAAUCUUCUAGUCUGAGAGAGCUGAACCUGAGUAACAACAACCUGCAUGAUUCAGGAGUGAGGUUUAUAUUUGGAGGACUGAAGAGUCCACACUGUACACUGGAAACUCUCAGAGUAAGUGGCUGUAAUCUGUCAGAGAAAAGCUGUAAAUCUCUGUCAACACUUCUUAGCUCCCAAUCCUCUAAUCUGAGAGAGCUGGACCUGAGUAACAACAACCUGCAUGAUUCAGGAGUGACGCUUAUAUUUGGAGGAGUGACGCAUCCACAGUGUACAUUGGAAACUCUCAGGUUGGAGCCUGCUGGAGUGCGAUGGCUGAGCCCAGGUCUGAGGAAGUAUUCCUGUCAACUCACAAUCAACACAAACACAGUACACACAAAGCUACAACUGUCUGACAACAACAGGAAGGUGACACGUGUGGAGGAGGUUCAGUCAUAUCCUGAUCAUCCAGACAGGUUUGACGAGCCUCAGCUGCUGUGUAGAGAAGGUCUGACUAGACGCUGUUACUGGGAGGUCGAGUGGAGCGGACUGGUUGAUAUAUCAGUGAGUUACAGAAGAAUCAGAAGGAAAGGAGGCAGUAAUGACUGUGUGUUUGGAUACAAUGAUAAGUCCUGGAGUCUGAGAUGUUCUGAUGAUGGUCCUCAUUCUGUCUAUCACAAUAAGAAAAAAACACCCAUCUCCUCCUCAUCCUCCUCCUCCUCCUCUGUCUCUAACAGAGUAGCAGUGUAUGUGGACUGUCCUGCUGGCACUCUGUCCUUCUACAGAGUCUCCUCUGACACUCUGAUCCAUCUCCACACCUUCAAGACCACAUUCACUGAACCUCUUUAUCCUGGGUUUUGGGUUGGUUCUGGUUCCUCAGUGUAUCUGUGUUGAGUUUAGUGUAAAGAGCGUCCUCCUGUUAGAGAAACACUCUGACUGUUGAACAGAUAGUUCAGUCUGUACAUGUCUGUCUCUUUCACUCACAAACACGUUUUCACAUUCAUGGAUUC